AGUCUUGAGCUACACAAUUUCAUACAAAUAACAGCAUUGGCUAGACAGAAAUCUGCGUUCUGCCAAAACGCACAUUGGUAGAUAGGUAGUGGUAAAACAGGAAGGGAAGAGAGUGCAGCUGAUCUCUCAUACAUCAGGCUCAAGAAUCAAAGAAGGUCUUCAAGAGCAUCCCCUGCAUUCUCAAAGACCUCAGCUGCUCAGCAGGUUUAUCACCAUGAAGACCAGAUUAGGCUGUCUUUCCAAAAAAUCGGACUCCUACAGUGACUUCUCGGAGUUCCUGCCUCCUGCUCAUGAGACCACAGCAAGAUGUCUGAAACUAUCAACAGACGAAGUUGUUCGAUGGUCUGAAUCAUUUGAUCACCUUCUUGCCCACAAAUAUGGGCUUGCUGCAUUUCGAACAUUCCUCAAGUCUGAAUUCAGUGAUGAAAACAUUGAAUUUUGGAUGGCCUGUGAGGAGUACAAAAAAAUCAAGAGCUCAACCAAACUUGUGUCAAAAGCAAGCAAGAUAUUCAAGGAAUUCAUUGAAGUUCAGUCACCAAGAGAGGUGAACAUUGACUACCGGACAAGAGAGAAGACCAAACAGAGCCUGUCAGAUCCCACUCCAGCCAGUCUCAAUGAAGUCCAGGGUAAAAUCUACAGCCUCAUGGAGAAAGACUCUUACCCACGAUUUCUCAGGUCCAAAAUGUACCAGGAUAUUGUCAACAGGGCACAUGCGCAAGGUCAGCGGAGGUCUGUUUGACCAAUACUGCAGACCACAGCGGACCAAAAACUGGACCUAUAUGGUAUAUCAAUCUUUGUCCCUUUGACACCAUAUCAAUACUGUGAAUAAGCAAGAAUGAAAUGACCUGCUUGACUGUUUUCUGUACACCUGUCCCAAGCAUGCAAUCCCCAUAGAAAAAUCACACCUCUUUGAAUUGCAUUAUAUAGUGAGGAGACUCCUGAGGGACAUGUCGUAAAACACAUUUCCUAAAAUUAAUCUGCAUCAUUCAGCAAAUGUAUUCAUUGUUAUAUAGGUCAUUUUAAAAAUUGUCACAGUGAUAUAAAAUAUAUAAAUAAUGUUUUAUUCAAUAGAGAUGAAUGAAUUGAUGUCAUCUGUUGGGAUGUGUUCUAGGAGAGAUAACACCUUUUUGUCACUUCUUGUCAAGGUGUUACUGUGUCUCAAUUUGGAUGUUUUUACUAGUGCAAUGCUGCAUGGUGCCAGGAGUACUUACUGCAUGCAGGCAGUGUCACAAUGAAAAGAAUAGUUUUCUCUCCAAUAAAACUGGGGAUGAUAAAUAGCUACACAGUUAAACCCUGGAUAAACUUGUGCCAUCUGCAAAGCCUCUGAUUACAAAUAUCAACCUUAUCAAAAUGUCUUAUUGAAAAGUUUUGAUAGUUUAAAACUAUCAGCCAUUAUUAGUUGAAAGUGCACCAGCAGUUGCAACUCUUAAGUCCUAGUGCAAUUGCAGCACUAGCAUUCUCACAUUCAUGACACAUAAAAACAAUAAAAACAUUUUUAGUUUUUUAUUUGAACCUAUUGGAUAAAAAUAUAUAUAUUUAUUUUCAUUUGUUUCAACAGGAGACAAAAAAUUACUUGAAACAGUAUUUUUGUUUUGUGGAUUUUGUCUUCCCCCUGUCAUUUACUUGCUACUAUUAUGGAAACUAGAGGUGCUGUCAAAGUGAAAAGUACCUGAUCACCAUGUCAGGUCACUACAGAGAGUGGAGCAUCUUCAAAACUGGGUAAGAUCUUUUGAGUAAAACCAAUGAGAUAAAAUAUGACCACCCUCACAAUUAGGAAAAGAUAGUGCCCAGGGGUUUCACUUCAGUACUUCUAAUAAAGCAGUGCAUUUGCAUUAAACAUGGUGAAUAGAUUUUCUUCCUCUUUCAAUUGUAUUUGAUAAGAACAGAUUUUUUGUUUUGUUUCACAGUUCAUUGGUUUGCUGGUGGCUGGAAAAAAGUGUAUUUACAUAAUUAUUGUUGAGGUUGGAGGUUUACAUAAACUCAAUUUAUAUUGUUUUUUCUAUUGAUUAUUAUUAUUUUUUAAAUUUUGACCAUGCAUUAUUCAUAUCAUCCAAUUAUUCAAAUCAGUGUUUUUUCUUUUAUAAAUUUUGUGAUUCGGCAUACUGUACAGUCAUGCAAUCGCAAGGUACUUUAUAUUCCAAUUAAAGUAAACCCACUUUCUUUGUGAGCUAGAAUGACUUGUACUCAAAUUUUGGGAGUUUCCGCAGACAAAAUGAACACAAUAACCACCUAUUAUCUGUGGUUAUGUCAAACUACAAUACUUACUCAUGAAUUCAUAUUAGAUAAUCCUGUAUUUUCAACUGGAUCAAUUGUAUAAUAGUGAAAACAUUUACCAGAGUUCACUGACAUUUUCUUAAGUGUAGUUAUUCCAAAAAGUGGAGGCUUGUUAUUUUUGUAAAACCUUUACUUUUUUUCAGCAGGAGGACACAGACUCACAAAGAAUGGUCAUUGAAAAUAUUUUCUUUUUAUGUAGGCUGGUCAAUAUUAAGUGUUAAUAAUUACUGAGUCUGAAAUAUUGCUGAAAUCCCGAAUCAAAAUAUAAUGCAGUCGAUUCAAUAUCUAAAUUUGUAAAGUGUGAUUUGCAUUCAGUAAUUGUGGCAUUUAGCUCACAAUAGUAGCAGGGUUGUUAAAGUUUGCUUGAAGACAAUUAAGAGAAUUUUACCGGAAACAACACCGUGAGUUCCCGAAACCACACUGAAAAAAUCUCGUAAAAGUGUCAGGGUGACCCUGCCGGACCACGCACAGAGUAAAAAGCUGUGCUUUGAGGGUUAACGGUCUGAAGAAAAUUGUCAUGUCUGAGCAAAAAUUGUCAUGUCUGAGCAAAAAAUGAUGAGUUAACCAAUUUAUUUUGUCAGUAGAGAAAUAGUAAAACACUGAGGGAAAACAGUAAAACUGUUUUUUUUUAAGUGUUGCAGUUGUUGUGGGUGACUUACUAGCUGUACUCGGAAAUCAGAAUCUUUGUCUCUUGUAUUUACCCCCCUUUUUAAUAUGGAUGUUAUUUAGUAACAGCAUGAGUAUACUCUUUAAUUUUUAUGCAUUUUUUUUAUUACCUAUAUUUGCUGCCAUAUGGAUAGACAAUAAAUGACAGUUUAAAAAUAAAUCCAGAGUAGUAUUGUCAGUACCUUAUGGGACUUCGCCCCAUUACGUGCACUGUGUUAUAAAAAACGACAGUAUAUUCUGACUCCUUAAAUAACAAGAUUGAAACUGCUUUCUUUACAAUACAUGUACCAAGUACUCCAUCAUGUUUAAAGAUGUAUGUGUCUGUGUAUCACAUGAAUGUAACCUCCCCAUAUAUUUUAUGAAUAAAAAU